GUGGUUCAUGUCUCUGAAAGACUGAAGUCCAGAAGAUGGAUGAUUGUGUGGAGGAAGAGGAGGAGAGACCAGAGUCUCCAGGAUCCAUCUGUCUGUCUAUGAAGAGUGACCGGUCCAAAGAAAAUCCUCCAUUCUUCAGUAAAGAACCUGGACCCUCAGACACAGAAGGGAGGAAGAGGAGAGGAGUUGGUGUGGAGGAGCAGCCGUCCAGUCAGAGCAGAACUGUACCAGCAGAUGCUGGUCUGCAGGAGGUCCUAGAUGAACACAAGACCAGUCUGAGGAGCAGAUGUGAACAUGUGACUGAAGGAACUGAUGAACCAGGAAGUAGAACCCCCCUCAACAGGAUCUACACGGAGCUCUUCAUCACAGAGGGACUGAGUGAAGAGGUCGAUACCCAACAUGAGGUGAGGCAGCUGGAGACAGCUUCCAGGAUGAAGAGCCGCCAUGACGCUCCAAUCAGGUGCCAGGACAUCUUUAAAGCCUUACCUGACCAACGUGGAGCCAUCAGAGUGGUUCUGACGAACGGCGUCGCUGGCGCUGGGAAAACCUUCUCGGUUCAGAAGUUCUCUCUGGACUGGGCCGAGGGCUCGGAGAACCAAGACGUCACCGUGGUGAUUCUGCUCUCGUUCAGGGAGCUGAACCUGAUCAGAGAUGAGCAGCUCAGUCUUCUCAGGCUGAUCCAGGUUUUCCAUCCAUCGUUCCAGAAGCUCACAGCAGAGCAGCUGGCUGCCGGGAAACCGUUGUUCAUCUUUGACGGCCUGGAUGAAAGCAGACGUUCCCUGGACUUCAACAACGGUCCGGUCGUGUCUGACGUCACACAGAGCUCAUCGGUCAACGUGCUGCUGACCAACCUCAUCCAGGGGAACCUGCUUCCCUCAGCUCUCAUCUGGAUCACUUCCAGACCUGCAGCAGCCAAUCAGAUCCCUCACAAACACGUGGACAGGGUGACAGAAGUACGAGGCUUCACCGACGGCCAGAAGGAGGAAUACUUCAGGAGGAGGUUCAGGGAUGAAGAGCGGUCCAGCAGCAUCGUCUCCCACAUGAAGACAUCCAGAACCCUCCACAUCAUGUGUCAACUCCCGGUCUUCUGCUGGAUCACUGCUUCAGUUCUGGACCACAUGUUGACCACAGAGCAGAGAGGAGAGCUGCCCAAGACCCUGACUGACAUGUUCUCCCACUUCCUGCUGGUCCAGACGAAGAGGAAGAAGAACAAGUACCAGGAGGGACAUGAGACGAGUCCACAGGAGCUGACGGAGGCUGACAGGGACCUUCUUCUGAAGCUGGGGAGGCUGGCGUUUAAACAUCUGGAGAAAGGAAACAUCAUGUUCUACCAAGAAGACCUGGAGCAGUGUGGUCUUGAUGUCCCAGAGGCCUCGGUGUACUCAGGAGUUUGUACCCAGAUCUUCAGGAGAGAGUGUGAGGUCUUCCAGAAACCCGUCUACUGCUUUGUUCAUCUGAGCAUCCAGGAGUUCCUGGCUGCAGUCUACGUGCUCCACUGUUGGUCCACCGGAAACACAGAUGUGCUGGAGAACUUCCUGGGAGGAAACUACACAUACUCCUCUCUGGAUAACUUCCUGAAGAGAGUCAUGCGGAAAUCCCUGGAGAGUAAAAAUGGCCACCUGGACCUGUUUGUCCGCUUCCUUCAUGGUCUUUCUGUGGAGUCCAACCAGAGACUGUUAGGAGGUCUGCUGGACCUGACGGAGAACGAUCCAGAGACCAUCCAGAGAGUCAUCUACAACCUGAAGCAGAACACUGGCAGUAUCUCUCCUGACAGAAGCAUCAACAUGUUCCAGUGUCUGAUGGAGAUGAACGACCUCUCAGUUCAUCAGCAGAUCCAAGAGUUCCUGAAGUCAGAGAACAGAUCAGAGCAGGAACUCUCUGAGAUCCAGUGUUCAGCUCUGGCCUACAUGCUGCAGAUGUCGGAGGAGGUUCUGGAUGAGUUGGACCUGAACAAGUACAAGACAACAACACCAUUGGGUAGACUGAGACUGAUUGCAGCUGUGAGGAACUGCAGAAAGGCUCGAUUUGUUGGUUGUAAACUCUCAGAGACUGAAUGUGAAGUUGUUGCAUCGGCUCUGAAGUCCAACCCCUCCCAUCUGACAGAACUGGACCUGAGUAAGAACCAGAAGCUGCAGGAUUCAGGAGUGAAGCUUCUGUCUGGUGGACUGGAGAGUCCAAACUGUAGACUGGAGACUCUGAGAUUGCAGGACUGCGUGUUGUCAGAGAUCAGCUGUUCUUCUCUGGGCUCAGCUCUGAAGUCCAACCCCUCCCAUCUGGAACAUCUGGACCUGAGUCUGAACUACCUGCAGGAUUCAGGAGUGAAACAUCUGUGGGGUUUUCUGGAGAGUCCAGACUGCAGACUGGAGACUCUGAGGUUGGAGGGCUGCGUGUUGUCAGAGAUCAGCUGUUCUUCUCUGGUCUCAGCUCUGAAGUCCAACCCCUCCCACCUGAAACAUCUGGACCUGAGCUGGAACCAGCUGCAGGAUUCAGGAGUGAAACAUCUGUGUGGUUUCCUGGAGAGUCCAGACUGCAGACUGGAGACUCUGAGCUUGCAGUGCUGCGGUCUGUCAGAGAUCAGCUGUUCUUCUCUGGUCUCAGCUCUGAAGUCCAACCCCUCCCAUCUGAAACAUCUGGACCUGAGAUUCAACUACAAGCUGCAGGCUGCAGAUGUGGAGCAGCUGUCUGGUCUGGUGGAGAGUCCACACUACCAGCUGCAGACUCUCAGGUGGGAGCGCUGCAGUUUGUCAGAGAUCAGAUGUGAUGAUCUGGUCUCAGCUCUGGAGUCCAACCCGUCUGAUCUGGAACAUCUGGACCUGAGUGAGAACGAGCUGCAGGAUUCAGAUGUGAAGCAGCUGUGUGUUUUCCUGGAGAGUCCAGACUGCAGACUGGAGACUCUGAGGUUGGAGAAAUGCAGGAUGUCAGAGAUCAGCUGUUCUUCUCUGGUCUCAGUUCUGAAGUCCAACCCCUCCCAUCUGAAACAUCUGAAACAUCUGGACCUGAGCUGGAACCAGCUGAAGGAUUCAGGAGUGAAACAUCUGUGUGGUUUCCUGGAGAGUCCAGACUGCAGACUGGAGACUCUGAGGUUGGAGAAAUGCAGGAUCUCAGAGAUCAGCUGUUCUUCUCUGGUCUCAGCUCUGAAGUCCAACCCCUCCCAUCUGAAACUUCUGGACCUGAGCAGGAACAACCUGAAGGAUUCAGGAGUGAAACAUCUGUGUGGUUUCCUGGAGAGUCCAGACUGCAGACUGGAGACUCUGAGCUUGCAGUACUGCGGUCUGCCACGGAUCAUCUGUUCUUCUCUGGUCUCAGCUCUGAAGUCCAACCCCUCCCACCUGAAACAUCUGGACCUGAGCUAUAACAACCUGUAUGCUGCAGACAUGGAGCAGCUGUCUGAUCUGCUUAGGGAUGGGAAUUGAUAAGAUUUUUUCGAUUCCGAUUCUCUUAUCGAUUCUGCUUAUCGAUUCGAUUCUUUAUCGAUUCUCUUAUCGAUUCUCAUUUGGAAAAAAGGAGAAGAAACAAUUUUAGUAUCAACUUUGUUUUAAUAAAACAAAGUUGAUACUAAAAUACUAAAAAGAAACAA